AUGACGUCGCCCGCUUCGCCCCGUCUUCCCAGUCCGCCACCUAUCCCUGAAGACCAGCUGUCGCCGAUUGCAGCCUCAUCCGACCAGCAGACGCCCUUCAGCAACCUCGACCAUGUUGCUGAGCGAAGGAUACGGCCGGGGACCAAGGCGGCAGACAUGGCAGAGGGCCCUCCGCUUGUAGAACUUGCAGAGAUUGAUUCAGCGUUCCAACUCACGGAGCACCUCAAGGCGCUGCACAACUUCCUCACGCACCCGAUAGGAGCAAACGGCACCGUGCCUGUAGAUCGAGAAAUGGCCCUCAAGAUUGCACAUGCGCCGGAGAAUGUGGACAGGACGCUGUGGCUCUACGAACUAUGCCGCUUCCUCAUACAAAAGGUCAACUCGAUUAUAACCGCCCUGUUUGCAGAUAGCCCGCCAUGCUCGUCGUUGACAUGCCCGGAAAUGCGUGCGUCGGAAUGGCAGUAUCUGUGCGCGGUUCACGACCCACCAAAGUCAUGUUGCGCCAUUGACUACUGCUGUCAUACGCUCGACUGGGCGGCCAAUACCCUCACAUCGCCAAAGCACUUUCCAUCACGCCUCGCGCUGGGGACAGAUCAGUCGACGCAGCACUCACAGACACGGCAGCUCACCAACAUUUUCAGGCGUGUGUAUAGGAUAUUUGCACAUGCAUGGUACUCUCACCGGGAUGUUUUCUGGCACGUCGAGGGACGCACGGGGUUAUACAUUUUUUACAAGACAGUCUGCGAUGUGUAUGGCUUGGUGCCAGAGGACAACUACACCAUACCCCCAGAGGCAGAGGGUAUUGAUCUCAACUCAGAGACCAAACCAGCAGCGCCGCCUCUGAUUUUGAAGCGUGAGCCUUCGGACUCGGGAUCUCAAAUCUCGGACAACACGCUGGCUGGGGCCAUGUCUGAUAACUCACUCUCGACUGCUGGCACUACAAAGCGACAUAGGCAUUCGCCAUCGGUAGGAGCAACAAUCGUGCACACUGUGGUAGAAGAGAAUGAAGAGGAAGAGGAGCAACCAGACCUCAACCUCAACGCCCGGCCUGUGACGCAAAUCUUUGAGCCCGCAACACCAGAGGAAGGCGGAGAGGGCGAUGACGACGAUGAGGAUGAAGAAGAGGACGAUGAUGAAGAAGAAGGUGAAGACAGUGACGGAGACAUCACCACGAUUGAAGACGGUGACGAGGAGGGUGACGAAUCCGGUGCUAAGAGUGCCAAGACGGGAGCAUCAGAGAGCAAAAAGGAUGACAAAGAGGAAACAGUGAGCACUGGGAAUGAAAAGGCCGGGGAUCCUGCACCUGCAGAUGAUAAUGAGGCUUCGGGCGAGAGCGCCACAGAGGCAGCCAAGAGUGACGGGACCGAGGCCUCGAGCGAGGCAGCUGCGGGGAAGGAAGGUCAAGCAGAGUCUACAGCCACUGGGGAUGACGACGACAAGGCGACUACUGCAAAAUCAGGAGACAAUGCAGAGGCUGGUGGUGCUGCAAAGGCGAGUGACAAGGAGGACGAGGCCAACCCGCAAGCGGCAGAGUAG